GACCCAUCCUGCCCCCUAUCCUUUUGCCAGUGGCACCACUGUAGUGAAUGCCAUCCUGCCCAAAAGGCCGGAAGCCGGUUCCGUACACGUCUCUGUUGACCUCCAUCACGCUGUACUCGAGUCGUCGGCUCAGACUCCAAACGACCCGAUUGGACUCAACCACCCUCCUUUCUACCUGGCAAUACAAAAUUUUCUACUCGGCGGCACCGUACGAAACAGAGGUCUGGCAAGACGAGUCAGCAGCUGUCUCAGUGGACGCGGCUCCUCAGGCAGUGGACAUGUUCCGUGGACGUCUGGCGCUCGUGACUGGCGGGGGCAGCGGCAUCGGGCAGGCUGUGUGCCGCCUGCUGGCCCAAAGAGGAGCCCGCGUCGUGGUGGGCGAUAUCGACCUGGAGGCAGCCAACGCCACGGUUGCGUUGCUUCAAGAGCUGUCAGGGGGUGCUGAACAUCGGGCCCUUCACAUUGAUGUUGGCUGUCCUCCGUCAGUGAGCAAAGCAUUUGAGAGCUUCGAAGGGGACAGGGGAGAGCAAGUGUCCAUUGUCGUCCACUGUGCCGGUAUACUGCUGCCUCCUAAGUCAUUCCUGGACGUCGACGUAGAUGAAUUCGACCGAAUCACUCGAGUCAACCUUCGGGGUACCUUCUUGGUCACGCAAGCAGCGGCCCGCUGCAUGCUACGGCAAAAGGUGACCGACGGCAGUAUCGUGAACAUGUCCAGCGUCGCAGCCAGGGUUACCCUACCGGGCGCUGCGGCGUACUCUGCCACCAAGGCAGCCGUCACAAACUUCACCAGGCAAUACAACAUUUUCUACUCGGCGACACCGUACGAAACAGAGGUGUGGCAAGACGAGUCAGGUAAUCGGCAGCGGUGCUCCUGUUCUGUGUUCAUAUCAAGGUCUAUUAGGGCAAUGGACAUGUUCCGUGGACGUCUGGCGCUCGUCACUGGCGGGGGCAGCGGCAUCGGGCAGGCUGUGUGCCGCCUGCUGGCCCAAAGAGGAGCCCGCGUCGUGGUGGGAGAUAUCGACCUGGAGGCGGCCAACGCCACGGUUGCGUUGCUUCAAGAGCUGUCAGGGGGUGCUGAACAUCGGGCCCUUCACAUUGAUGUUGGCUGUCCUCGGUCAGUGAGCAAAGCAUUUGAGAGCUUCGAAGGGGACAGGGGAGAGCAAGUGUCCAUUGUCGUCCACUGUGCCGGUAUACUGCUGCCUCCUAAGUCAUUCCUGGACGUCGACGUAGAUGAAUUCGACCGAAUCACUCGAGUCAACCUUCGGGGUACCUUCUUGGUCACGCAAGCAGCGGCCCGCUGCAUGCUACGGCAAAAGGUGACCGACGGCAGCAUCGUGAACAUGUCCAGCGUCGCAGCCAGGGUUACCCGACCGGGCAUUGCGGCGUACUCUGCCACCAAGGCAGCCGUCACGAGCUUCACCAGAUCAGCAGCGGUGGACCUUGCCGGUAGCGGAAUCCGCAUCAAUGCCGUGGCGCCGUGCAUGACGGAAACGCCCUUGGUCAAGGCGUUCGGCGAGGCACAGCGUUCGAAGAUCUCCGCAGCCAUCCCGAUGGGCCGGAUGGCGAUGCCCGACGAAGUCGCCGCAGUGGUCGCUUUCCUCUGCGGCCCCGACAGCGCGUUCGUCACAGGUACCACCGUCGACGCCAGCGGUGGCGUCUAGAGAUGCCACAAAUGAAUUGGGAAAUAAAAAAAAUUAUGGGGUUUUACGUGCCAA